GAGGAAAUCACGAGUAAAGAGGAAGAGGCAGUGAGAUGAGAAAGCUGGACAAUUAGACAUGAUGAGAUUGACUCUGAUUUCUCUCGCCAUGUGCCUUCCUCACCUCCUCGCCACUCUUGUCUUCCAUUCUACCACUGCGGCUUCACCAAGCGCCACAGAAACAACAGCAGCUCUAGACCUUAGUAUCAGCACUACAACAUCAGACCCCCUGAUACUUCCACUCUCCACAACUGAAAACCACUCUGGUAGGACUAGUGGCAUGUUCAACACACAAGUGAAGAAAAGCGCUAGCUUAGCAGCUGUCAACAACUCAGGCAGAACGACUCAAGGAAGAGGCAUUCUCAGAACAGGAACUGCCACUUACGCCACCACAGCCGUACAGAAGAGCAACAGGCACAUAACUGCAGGAGACUUGAGGAUGGAAACAGAGAGCCACAAUCACCAUGAGACUCUUCCCUUCAGCAGACACAAAGCCUCACCCACAACUGACCACCCCAGCACCACUUCUCUCCCCGGGGAGGAAGGGACUGAGUAUCAUGACAGCAGCACCACUGAAACAGCCAGAGAACUGAGCACACCAAAUUUCAUAGAAACAGGGGCUGCUGACACCAUUAAUGACUCCAGGCUAGCAAAGCCACACUUAGACAGGUCACAAGCAGCAGACCAGCACACUGCUACACAAGGACUAGAGAUUGCAUCAGGAGAUUACCACACAACACAGAGAGACUUCUUCACAAACACCCCAACUAGUAGAGUGACAGGUUUGAACAGAGGUAAACAAAGCAAGGCCAACAGCGUCACAACAACAACAACGGUUUCACCUACGUACACAGUCACACGUCCUGGUUUUUAUGAGCACAUGACUGUGACUUACAGGGCUCCAGGCUACAAAACACAACCUGACAACACAAGCCAGUCUAUGGACAACCAGGACCACACCACAGCCACAGUUUCAAUCCCCCAUGCUGACAAUAGGACAACUUCAUAUAUCAAUGCAAACACGUUUACAGAUAAUGACACAGACAACGACACAAACACACUUUCAUACAGUAAUACCACAACCUCUAAUAAUCGUAACACAACAGUGCUUUUGAAGAAGAAGACUCAUUCAUUCAGACACAACCGCACAAUCUCAGGCUAUGACAAAAGGCUGAACAACACAACUGAAAACACUGUGCACGAUCGUCCAGAGUGCGGAGAGGCAGAUGAAAGGUCCCCAUCGUUGCUUCCUGGCUCUACUAGACUGGUCUGUUUCAUUGUUCUGUGGGCUCUGGGAUUGACUGCUUCUCUCUUCCUUGGUCUCACUGUCUUCCUGUGGGUGCGUUUGUCAGUCCAGAGAGAGAGGGAAAGGAGAGCGAGGAGAGGAGGAGAGAAGGUGUCAGGGGUGGAUCUGGAGAACCUGUGGGUUGACCAGAUGUCAUCGGUGGAAGAAAGGGUUGAAUUCUGGUACACCAACGGCUCCACUAUGGGACGCGAGCAUAAACGGAGGGAGAGAGGGAGAGAGAGGGUGAAGGAGAGGGGGAGGAGGGAGCAGGGGAGGCAGAAAGGGAUAGAGUGUGACAACCUGUGGACUCAACCCAAAGUGACACUGGAGAACAUCACUGAUUUCUGGUAUGCAAAUGGAAGAGUGAUACCAGAAGAAACUACAGACCAAACGCUGUUGGAGACCUGCGUAUGAUUCUGUUUUUUUGUACUACAGUACUACAAUUUACCUGGAAUUACUUUGGAGAGAAAUGUUCACCAUUAUUUUACCAAUUCCAUGGCAGAUUUGAACACUGUAAUCCUGACCGAGUUUAAACAUUUCCAAAAUGAAUUGAUAAUCUGUAUGUUUAUUGGCUUUAACAAAAGUAUAAGUAUAUGAUCUACAUAAAUCUACUUGAAAGAUAGAUUAAGCCUGGGUCUGAUCAGAGAGAAAGAAGAGGACAGAGAGAAAGAAGGAGAGAGAGGAAUAGAGAGAGAGAUUAGAACAACAUGUCUAACUGGAAAUAACACUUGAUAAAGAGAGUUUCCAUUUGAAGAGAAUUCAGACCUUGUUAAGAGACACAUCAUCAUUGUGUGUCAGACAGCAACGAGGAGAUAGGUGCCAUUUCUACAAACACACUGACACAAAUACGGUUGACUCCUAAUACUGUACAUGCACUGUUAUUAGGAGCUAGUCAAAUAAAAAGGACUGCACUGGGCGUAAACAAUUUAGCUUAAUUUAUCUGACUUACCAUGUUUACACGCGCACAGCAUUCCAGAUAAUAGCUCAUAACCUAGUUAAGGUCUUAUUCGAGAUAAGCUGUUAAAAUACAUCUUUGAUAUCCCGCUUACGAGUAUCCCUGUAUAAACAGAAUAUUCCUAAAUUUACCCAUGAUACUAUGCAAAACCGAGCCUGUACAAACAAUGUAAAACAACAGUAAACUGAAUAAUAUAUUUGUAUGACACAGUAUCCCGUCUACGAUCAGCAUAUCCCAGGCAUUUUAACUGGGUUUCUCAUAACCGGGACACAAGCUUAUUCGGGUUAUUGUAAACGGGAUAUGAUGCUAAUAUGCGUCAACUAAAAAACGGAAUACUACUAGAAUAUCCCAAAUAGUAAUGGAAUAUUGGUGUGCCUGUGAACAUGGUAACUUACCAGGAAUCGACUAUAGGUCUACCUCACAAUUUAUAGUGGAUCGGGACAUUUUAUCAAUAAUGUAUAACUGUAAAUACAGUAGAAAAUAUACCCUUGUAGAAUUUAACACCUAACCAGCUGAAGUAUGACAUAUAAU